GAAUGAGGCCACCUCGGCUGAUCUGAGGGCCAACGCGGACUGUCCGAUGUCAGGAGUUCAGCAGAUGGAUGCACUGAGAGAAGCAUCACAUCACCACAUUCGACAGUGACUUCCGGGUGUGUUGGAUUCGUUGCCAAUGACAUCAGCUGUGCGGUGAGCGUGCAGAAAAAGGCGUCCUCCUGCCUGCUGCUUCCACAGCAAGAGUCGCUGUUGCUGCUUUAAAGGAAGAAGGGGGGAAAGCCGGAGCCACUCCUUGUCUGCACUCCUCCGCUGACUGACUGCGGACAAAGCAGCAGCAGCAGCAGCAGAAGAAGAAGAAGAAGGAGCAGAAGACGAGGGAGGCUGAGGAGGAGAGGCGAGGAUGUCCGCUCUGGUGCAGUGUCCACCAUCAUCAUCUUCAACAGCAGCAGCAGCAGACAUGGAGAACGUGUUCGCCCCCAGCAGCCCCUCGCAGCACUUUGUCCACUCCAAAUUCUACCUGCUGGUGGUCCUGGGGGAGGUCAUCACGGAGGACCACCUCAAGUGUGCCAUCGCCGACAUAGAGAAGGGAAUACGCUCGUGGGACGCCAACCUGAUUGACUGCAACCUGGACCAGGAACUCAAACUCUUUGUCUCCAGACACUCGGCUCGAUUCUCCGCAGAUGUCAAAGGACAGAGGAUUCUUCACCAUAAAAGUAACGUCCUGGAGACGGUCGUGCUUAUCAACCCUUCAGACGACGCCGUCAGCACUGAGGUUCGGUUGAUGAUCUCUGACUCUGCCAGACACAAGCUUUUGGUUCUGUCGGGUCAAUGCAUCGAAAACACUGGGGAGCUAAUACUUCAGUCUGGAUCCUUCUCCUUCUCCAAGUUCAUCGACAUAUUCACUGACCAAGAGAUUGGUGAAUUGCUGAGCACCAUUCACCCAGAAAACAAAGCCAACCUGACCCUCUCCUGCCCUGAACAAGGUGACUGGAAAAACUCCAACUUGGACAAACACAACCUGCAAGAUUUUAUCAACAUGAAGCUGAACUCAGUGCUCAUCCUACCCGAAAUGGAGGGCCUCUCAGAGUUCACAGAGUAUUUAUCAGAAUCCGUGGAGAUUCUGACGCCUUUCGACAUGUUGGAACCGCCGGCCUCAGGUGGAUUCCUCAAGCUCUCCAAGCCUUGUUGCUACAUCUUCCCCGGCGGCCACGGGGACUCGGCUCUCUUUGCCGUCAAUGGCUUCAACAUGCUCAUAAACGGCGGCUCUGACAGGAAGUCCUGCUUCUGGAAGCUGGUGAGACACCUGGACCGCGUGGACUCUGUCCUCCUGACCCACAUCGGGGAUGACAACCUGCCGGGCAUCAAUAGCAUGCUGCAGAGAAAGAUUGCAGAGCUCGAAGAGGAGCAGUCGCAGGGUUCAACGGCAAACAGUGACUGGGUGAAGAACAUGAUCUCGCCAGAUAUCGGUGUUGUGUUUGUGAAUCUCCCUGAAAACCUGGACAACCCCGACCCUAACUACAGAGUGAGGCGGAAUCUUGAGGAGGCAGCAGCCACUCAGCAGUUCCUUACCAAGCUAAAUUUGAGAAUAGAGCCUUUGCAGCGACCGGUUGGAAACACCAUUGAACCCAUUACAUUAUUUCAAAAAAUGGGUGUGGGGAAGCUUGAGAUGUACGUGCUCAACCCGGCAAAGAACAGCAAGGAGAUGCAACACUUUAUGAAACAGUGGACAGGUAGCCAAAAUGACACCACUUCUAUUUUACUGCCCAACGGAAAAGAAUCUGAGUUUCCCAUAUCGUACUUGACUUCCAUCACCUCCCUCAUCGUGUGGCACCCUGCAAACCCCUCGGAGAAGGUAGUGCGAGUUCUCUUUCCGGGAAAUGCCACCCAGCAGCACAUAUUUGAAGGUUUGGAAAAACUAAAGCACCUGGACUUCUUGAAGCAGCCAGUUGUCACUCAAAAAGCAAUGUCUGCCAACGUGCCGUCAACGCCGACUCUCAAGCAAACCAAGAUGAAGAACAGAACAGACAGCAAAGAGAGCCUGAAGUUGACUCCAAAGCCAUCGCCUAGCAAAGGCGUCAGGAAGGAAUCCAAGGAGGAAGGUGCAGAGAAAGCAAAGGCAGGUGCCGAUGAAUUGUCUCAUGAAAAACAGCAAAAGACAGAAAAAAAAGAAAAAAUACCUGUGAAAAAAGAACGAGCAAAGGCUGCCGAGAAAGAAUUAAAAGCAAAACCACAACAAACAACCCUGAAUGACACACCUGAAAAAAAGAAGACUCAAAUAAAGGCUAAACCCGAAAAGGAGAAGAUUGCUAAGAGAGACAUCAAAGUGUCUGCAGAGAAGAAAAAGGAAGUCAAAACAGAUGCAGUCAAAAAAGAGGAUACACCUAAAAAAGAGAGUAAAAAAGAUGUUAAGAAAGAAGAAGCAAAGAAAAAGGACAUCAAAAAGGACAGCAGGAGAGAUUCUCCCAUGAAGGAGAAAAAAGAUGAAAAGAGAGACCAAAAGAAAGAUAUUAAAAAGCCAUCAAAAGACACAAAGAAAGUAUCUGCUUCUGGGGAAGACAAAAGUCUGUCCCCUAAACCAAAGACCCUGAAAAAAGAUGUCUCCAAAAAAGAUGCAGGAUCGCCCUCUAAGCUGAAAGGCAAAGGAGGUCCCAAAGUGCCAAAGGAGACAAAGGUGGAUGCUGCCAAAAAUGCAGCCAGUGCAGCUGCUGUUACUGAGGACCCAGAGGCAGAGAGGUCUGUUAUGUCUUCCCCUGUGGACCUCACUCGGGACUUUGAGGAGCUCAGAGCAGAAGAGCAGGCGGAAGAUGAAGCAACUGUGCAACAAAAUGUAGAAGAAGAGGUUGUGAUGACACAAUAUCGAGGAGAGGCAAUGCAGACCAAAGAGUCCCCUGAGGCACUGGAAUCAGUAGAUGAGGGCAUAACCACAACAGAGGCUGAAGGAGAUAGUGGAGAGACUCCAGAUGAACAAGCUCUCAAGGGAAAACUCAAUGGCAGUGUGAGUGAGAGGUUUGAAGAUGAGGGAACUGUAAUGGAGGAAGCGUCUGAUGGAGCAGAUUAUGAAGAGAAGGGGGAAACAGAGGCUGUUUAUGAACAACUGAGAGUGGCGUCAACUAAAGAUGAGCGCCAUGAAGAUGAACACCUAGACAGACGUGAUGCAAUGAUAUCAGGAGGUAGCAUUAAGGACCAGGCUGAUGUAGAAGAUCAUCUUCUGGAUGAAAUCAGAAAAGAGAAGGAGAAACUGAUUGUUUCAGCCUCACCCAAAGAGUCAUCACCCGUGUCCCCUGCCGCGUCGAUCCACGAUGAAAUGUUUCCCGCUGGCGCUGAGAGCUCCACUGCCUCGGAUGAUGACAACAGAGAGGAGCCCCCUGAGGAGUUUACGAUCACCUCCGGCCUAACUCAGUCCACCGUUGAUAUAUCCAGUGUGCCUACUCCCAUCGAUGAGAUGUUGACUCCAAAGGAUGGCUUAAGCAAUGAAACGGCCAAUGACAGGACAGGCUCCCCUUCACCUGAUGUUGGCAGAUUUGGGAUGUCACAAUCUGCGGACUUUGAUAAGAACAAACCCUCUUUACCUCAGAGUAAACCAAGUUCAGACUACUCCAAGAGUGAUGCCACAGAGGGCGAAGACUAUAAUCACACCGCCUCAACAAUAUCUCCUCCUUCAUUCUUAGAAGAAGACAAACUCUGUAAGGAGUUUCUUUCUGAUGGCAAAGCAGAAUGUUUUACCACACUUAAGGAAUCGUUUGAGAAACAGGACACAGCGAGGCUCUCGUCAACAUCACCUGUUGUGCAUUCUCCCCCAGGUGCCCAACAAUACAACUUUGACUCACCAUCAAUGUUUGCUGCACCUAUAGAACUCUCAACUACCUUGACAGGGUCCACCAGAGUGAUGGGCGAGUCCACCCUCAGCCCAGAGGAUAAGACACUGGAAGGGGCUAACUCCCCACAGUCCUCUGGUCAUACACCUUAUUACCAGUCCCCAGUAGACGAAAAAGCAGGAGCUCUGCCACUCAUGUCACAAAACAAAGAACAGGGUCCAACUAUUGUGGAGGUCACAAGUGAUAAAGAAGACUCCUCCAGCAGGGCUACACCAGAGCUUGAUGAUAAACAGCCAGAGUGUUUCUCCCCUACAGCUAAGAGUACAUCGUCUCCAAACAGCCCACCUUCAGCUAAACUUGACUACCCAAUAAAGAAGGAACUGGACGACAUGAACAACCGUCCAGUCUUUUCCUCAACACCAAUCACAAGACAUGAAUUAGGGGCUACUUGUGUCACAGCUUUCAAGGAAGAGACUAAAAUGUCCAUCUCAGAAGGGACGGCAUCAGACAAGUCAGACACACCGAUGGAGGAAGUGGUAGCAGAGGACAUGUUUUCUCAUCUAGCCUCAGCGUCCACCGCCUCCCUCGCCACCAGCUCGUUGCCAGAGCCCACCACUGACUCCCCCUCCCUUCAUGCUGAAGUUGGCUCUCCUCACUCAACAGAAGUAGAUGACUCUUUGUCUGUUUCUGUAGGCCAGACCCCAACAACCUUCCAUGAGGCUGAGGCAUCUCCAACCAAGGAAGACUGCCCCCGGCCCAUGUCUAUCUCCCCUGAUAUCUCACCAAAGAUUAAAGUCAGAGCACAAAUGCAGGACACAAAGUCGCCAGAACAUUCUACCAUGUCAAUGGAUUUUGGCCAGGAAUCUCCUGACCACUCCUUAGCCCUUGACUUUAGUAAACAAUCUCCAGAGCACCAAUCUGCAGGAAGCAGCUCACGCGCUACAGAGAAUGGUCCAACUGAGAUAGACGACAGUCCUUCAGAUGUCAAAUCAUCUGAAGAACAAACCUCUACCAUGGAGAAACCGUUGCUUUAUGAAGAGGCUGAUUCAGGUCGUGCUGCUUCUGCAACCCCAUCAGAUGCCUCCCAAUCCACCCCCUCAGUCACAACCCCUUGCCAAAUGACUGAGUUGCCUCACAUGUUUGAGCAGACAGGUGGGUCUCCAGUUACUCCAAAAUCAGCCUCUCUCACACAUUCUCCCCAAUCCAGUGAGGCGUCCCCAGUUUCAGGAGGUCCCAUGGAAAGAGACAACAACAGCCCACUUUCACUGACUGUAGAGCACUUUGCACACAAGUCUGCCACACAAGAGACACAUGACAAGUCACCUCAAAGGACUUCCACGUCAUCAUUAUGGCUUUCAGAUGAAGGGAAACUUUUGCCAGAAAAGGAGACCAACCCCUUUAAAUGUGAAGAUUCUACACUUGAAGCAAAAUCUCCUGUGAGCGCUAAAGCCCCUUCCCCAUCACAUCUACCUCUGUCCUCACAUCCAGACUGCUCCUUCAGGGAGCCUGAUUUCUCUAAGGUCAGCCCUUCUGCUUUGCCUAAGACAGAUGUUGAUCUCUGCUUGGUCACUUCGUGUGAGUACCGUCAUCCCAAGACGGAACUAUCCCCGUCUUUCAUCAACCCCAACCCCCUUGAAUAUUUCAUCAGUGAGGAGAACGCCUUAGAGGAAGAGAAGCCUCUCGAGACAGUUGGAGGAGGGCCUCCACCUCCGGGGGGCAAGCUUCCACUCAAGCAAUGUGAGGAGACUCCUCCCACAUCCAUCAGUGAAUCUGCCCCCUCUCAGACAGAUUCUGAUGUUCCACCAGGGACAGAGGAGUGCCCUUCUAUUACAGCAGAUGCUAACAUUGAUUCUGAGGAUGACUCUGAGACUCUGCCUACUGACAGAACCCUGACCUACAGGCAUGGCGAUCCUCCUCCGGUGCCGCUCAGGGACUCAGCUCCAUCCGCAGGCCCUCAUGACGUCUGCAUGGUCGACCCAGAGGCCCUGAAGGCUGAGGAGAACCGCAACAAUGCAAACACAGACGCCGCAGAAAAACCCAAGAAGAAAAAGCUGACCAAAAAGGCCUCCUCACCCGCUAGGAAGAGUGGUCUGUCAAAGGUAAAGGACUCAAAGACCGCCUCUCCGAAGAAGAGUCUCGGGGAGGGGAAAGAUGCUAAAAAUGCAACCAACACCUCGGCAUCGAGAGUUGCUAGUGGGAAGGCAUCGAGUGUGGCAUCUCUGCCAAACUGUCCUCCCAUGUACAUGGAUUUGGUUUACAUCCCAAAUCACUGCAGUGCCAAGAAUGUGGAUGCUGAGUUCUUUCAGCGGGUGCGGUCAUCUUACUAUGUGGUCAGCGGCAACGACCAGGCGUCUCAGGAGCCCAGUAGGCCGGUCCUUGAUGCUCUGCUGGAAGGGAAAGCCCGUUGGGAGAAUAAUAUACAGGUCACGCUGAUUCCCACCCACGACACGGAUGUGAUGAGGGAGUGGUACCAGGAGACCCACGACAAGCAACAGGAGCUGAACAUCAUGGUCCUGGCCAGCAGCAGCACUGUGGUCAUGCAGGAUGAGUCCUUCCCAGCUUGUAAGAUUGAGAUGUAGGACCCAAAGGUCUGAACCAUGUAGCUUAAACCGAAACAGUCACUCCUACUUUUACACAAGUCCAAUAAAAACACACUACACUAAUGACAAACAACUUCUAGGGAGGGAGAAGGGAGACAAUGUUUUUCCAUGUGUUGGUAAACUUUUCAUAAAUGGAUUGUACCGGGAGGAAAUUGGAAACCCAGAAAAAAUGUCAAUGAGCUGAUUCAGAACAGUUUCCUCCAGCAGGGUUUUUCCUCAGGCUUCCAUUGAGAAACACAGACAUUUGAAGGUUUGAUAAAAGAUGAAGAAUGUGCACAGUUGAGCCGUAACGUUCAACAACACAACAGCGACUCAGCUGUGAUUAAGUAAUAUUUGUGGAGGUUUGCUAGGAAAGAGCACCAUUAGCAAGGUGUAGCGUAGACGAGAGCAGCAAAUGUAUGAGUGAUUUUGAAUGAAUUGUUUCAGAUAACCAUUAUGCAACCACCAAACUGGACUCCAAAACCAAACAGGAACAACUCUACUGGACUCUUACAAAUGUUGGGCUACUCUAACUCACCAGACAUGUCUUAAAUAAAAGAAGACGGUUCACAAUACUGCAAGAGAACCUUCAAUAAUCACCAUCACAGCAACAAAACAGCAAACUUCACAGUCACACUUCACUCUUUCUUCUUCUCUCCGUCUCUAAUAAUCUGCCUUUUUCUCCUGUCCUUCCCUCUGGAGAACAAUGUUAAUCUGCAGCAGCCAUGUAUGUGGUAUAUUUGUCUUGUGCGCUCAUGUCUGCAAACUCAUACUGUAUGUCCGCUCUAGCGAUUUGUUUCAAGUGAAAGCAUACGUCAGCGCUUUGUGUGCAAUAGCUAAUGAAACAGGAACCACCACGAAUCAAAAUACAAACACAAUAAAACACAAUCUGCUGAGAAACAGUC